AUGACUCUCUCUCGCGUCCUCCUCGUCACAAUCCAGGCCAUCGCGAAUGGUCUCGUCUGCACACCGCCCAACCCAACGCCUCAAAAGCAACGCUACCACACUGAGCAGAUGUACAUCCUCCAGAUAGCGCCAUUUAUAUUCAAGUGCCACCAAAUAAUCGCCUACUGUUGCGCCGCCUUCGAGAUCCUCUAUUACCUCUCCACAACCCUGGCGCCAUCACUCGCUCCGAGCCUUCUCAAAGCCCCUCUCUCUCCUUACGCCCAAUCCACGCUAACAACCCUCACCUGCCCGCUUCAACGCCCCGGCACCACUGCGCCCCCCUACCUCAGCACAACCCCUACCCUCUGCCUCGGCGUUCUCGCAGUCGCCUUGGGAGCCUACAUCCGGCUCGACUGCUACAAGACCCUCGGGAACCUCUUUACCUUCGACCUCACGCUCGACCCGCACCACCGGCUCAUCACGACGCGCUUCUACCGGUACGUCCGGCACCCGGCGUACACAGGCUCAAUGCUGCUCGUCGCCGGCCUGACGCUCGCGCACCUCACGCAGGGGAGCUGGAUGACCGAGUGCGGGCCCCUCGCGCGGAGCAGGGUCAGUGGGGUUGUUGUGUGGGCGACGUGGUGGUUGUGGACGUUCUGUUGUGGGAUUAGCAGGGCGGACGCGGAGGACAAGCAAAUGCGCAAAGUGUUCAGGGAGGAGUGGGAUACGUGGGCGAAGGAGGUGCCGUGGUGGUUCUUGCCUGGCCUUGUUUGA